CGCUAUUGGAAAAAAAAAAAAAAGAGAAAGAAUAUAAUCGCAUUGGAGGCCGAAAGAGACCGAUUCCUCUUUCUCUGCCAAGGGAGAGAGAUUUGAGACGAUGACUGAAAUUUCAAGAAGUAGAUCGCCCCGUUUCUUACUGUUUUUCGCUUGCGUUUCUCUACACUUUAUAUCAGGUUUUUCUGAUGACUCUAAAGGUUCAAACAACAGCUCAAACACGAAAUCUAAUGCAAUUAAUAAUACUGGGACCAAGGUAAUCUUCAUAGUGCUUGGACUUGUUGCGGUCGGGUUGUUUUCAUUUUUCCUUUUCAAGUUGUGGCAAAAGAAGAAACGAGAUGAACAAUAUGCCCGUCUUUUGAAGUUGUUUGAAGAAGAUGAUGAGCUCGAGGUCGAGCUUGGCCUGCGGGACUAGCAGCACAUUGAGAACUGAGCUCAUCCUAAUUGAGGCUUAAAUGGCAACAGUGGCUUGUGUGUUGUUUAGGAAUCUCAUUUUUAUGAAGGACAAUGUCAGGAUUUUAGGCAUAUGCUGUGGUGAGGUCUGAUAAUUUUUCAACCUUAAAGUUGUACUAUUUGUAAUGAUAUGUUGAAAUGGAAUUUAUUAUGAAUUUAAGUUUUUUGUGGAUGAUUAGAAAUGGGGUUGGUCGGUUACCAUUUUGUACAAGAUGUUUGAAAGAAGUUAGUUCAUUGUUUGUAAAUAAGUCAUUUUUA